CAAGCGUAUGGAAUCCAUACAUACUACCCACUGAAAGUCUGAAACGGCAAACUGAAACUACCAAGACGAAGAGAUAUCAGUGACCAUCCGCGACACGAGAUGAAAAAGCUAAAGCUAAUGGCGCCCCUCAAAUGUGGGAAGCCAACGGCCAAGAAGAAAAGCAACGAAGCAAAGCACAGAGCAUUUCGCUCUCUAGCGCACGUCCAAUCCAUUCCAUCACAGAAUCACACGAUUACAGUUAGGGUAAUCGUCGCCCAGAUCGGGGGUUUUCUCCCUUUUCCAUUUCCUCCAUCUGUAACGCCCGCCGAUGAUGAAAUGUGCAUAGCCUCCUAGAAGGGGAGUCCAUAGCAAUGGCGAACACGAGUUAUAUACCGCAUAACGAAACGGAACUGAUCAAGAGUGGGCUUUUGGUGUGCCUUCCAUUGCGCGAUACCCAUACCCGCAGUGUCUUCUAUGGAGACAGCCCUCUGGAUCACACCAUGCCCCUUAUCUAUGCGGAGCUCUCUGUCAUCAUUCUCAUAACCCAGCUUCUCCGUGUUCUUCUCAAGCCACUCCGCCAGCCCAGAGUUGUCUCUGAAAUCAUUGGAGGGGUAAUUAUAGGGCCAUCAGUUUUAAGCCGAAGCAAGAAAUUCCGUGACAAACUUUUCCCAGAACGAGCUAAAUUUAUCACGAGAAAUGUAGGACUUCUGGGGUUCAUGUAUUUCCUCUUCCUGUCUGGGGUCAAGACGGAUUUGUCCCUUUUGAAGAAGGUAGGGAAAAAAUAUUGGUAUGCAGCUGGAUUCAUAGUUGUUCUUCCUUUGCUGUGUGUUAUAUUUGUUGCAAUCCCUCUCAGAAAGUCAAUGGAGAAAGAGGUUGCAAAAGUCUCUUCCCUUAUUGGAAUUGCUUCCGAGUUUGCAAUAACAUCUUUUCCUGUUAUCUACCCUAUCAUCAAAGAGUUCAACCUCCUCAGUUCAGAAAUGGGAAGGACGGCAUUGUCCGUUGCCGUUGUCAGUGAUGUGAUUGGCAACCAAUUUUUACUGAUAUUUGACGCAUCCAAACAAGGAGAAGCAAAGAGUUCAGCUGCUUAUUGGUUCACACUUUCUACGAUAGUUAUGAUGGUAUCCGUCUUUAUAGGUCUUCGACAAGCCAUGAUUUGGAUAGUACGUAUAACCCCAGAAGGGAAACCCGUUGAUCAGAUUUACGUGAUUGCCAUAUUAUUAGGAGUCAUGGUUAUUGGCUUUGUAUGUGAUUUUACUGGGAUACCCAUUGCCAACGGGCCCUUAUGGCUUGGAUUGGCAGUUCCUGAAGGCCCUCCGUUGGGAGAAACUAUAGUGGAAAAGUCUGAGACGUUUAUUUUGGACCUUCUAAUGCCCUUUUCAUACGUAUACGUUGGGUUGAUCACAGAUGUAUCCACUAUAAGCAGUCAUUGGUCUAUUUUGCAACCUCUUUUCAUAAUUGCUGUAGUGGGUUAUAUAACAAAACUGCUUUCUGUUCUGCUGAUCUCUAGUUUCUUGAACAUGCCACUUCGAGAUGGUCUUGCUCUUAGCCUUAUUUUGAGUCUGAGAGGUCAAACUGAAGUUUUGUUGUAUUUGCAUUGGAUCGAAGUAAAGGUAACCAUUCUCGCUUGUUUCUUCACCAUUCUCACCCCUCCAAAAAAAAGUCAUGCUUGACCAUUGCACAACCUUACAACUAUGUGCAUAUAAAAUUUAUUUGUUGGUUCAACAAAAUUAUCACAUGCAACUAACAUAUGCUAUGAUUUCACACGCAAAUUUUAAUAUGUUUUCUCACACAAUAUUUGGUCAUAUAUGUGUGGUUUAGAGUCAUUCAUACUUUCAAAUUCGUUAUCUGCCACAUACUUCUACUUCUCUUUGAAUUGCGAGCUGCCUCUCCGUGUCCGAAGCAGAUUGGGAUGGAGGGAGCAUUUGAAACAUGACUUUUUCUUUUGGGGAGAAACAGAGGAGCGAUUUUUUUAUAUUUGAAAACUGUGUGAAUUCUUAAAUCUCUGUUGCAGAUGAUAACACCUCCUUAUUAUGCAAUGCUGGUAGUAAUGACAGUGAUGGUGACAGGCAUAAUCACUCCUCUGCUCAGUAUAAUAUAUGAUCCAACCAGGCCUUACAGGGUUAACAACAGAAGGAAUGUUCAGCACACAGCACCCAACUCUGAAUUGAGAAUCGUGACAUGUAUACACAAGGAAGAGAAUGUUCCGGGACUGCUCAAACUCCUCGAACUCACCAGUCCAACGGUUAACAGCCCUUUCUCGGUUUAUGCAAUACACCUAAUUGACUUAAUUGGUCGCGCCGUCCCUGUUUUCAUAGAUCAUCACGCCCAUGAUGGUCCAGCAAAAAAGAAGUCCAAAAAACCGGUUACUCAAAGCCCAAUACACAACGCGUUGAAGCUCUUCCAGGAGGGUAGAGGUGAAGGAAACAUCAAGAUUCACCCUUACACAUCCAUCUCCCCGAAGAAGAGCAUGUACCAAGACAUAUGCGAGCUGGCACUCACGAAGAAGGCCUCUCUCAUCAUAUUGCCGAUCCACAGAGAUGUGGUUCCUGACGGGUUCCAAACUGUAAACUCUAGUGUACUGGCCCAUGCCCCUUGCUCAGUCGCACUACUCGUCGACAGGGGUUUUGCUGAUCAAAACCUCCGCACAAGGCAGCUCUCGAAUUACCAUUUCGCCUUCCUAUUCUUAGGAGGAGCCGAUUCCCGCGAGGCACUCGUUUGUGCCGACCGGAUGGCUUCCCGGCCUGAGAUCUCCCUCACGGUCAUCCGAUUUCUCGCGCAUAAUGGGGAAGGUGAUAAUGAGAUGGAGAAGAAACUGGAUGAUGGGCUGGUAACGUGGUUCUGGGUGAAGAACGAGGCGAACCGGCAAGUAGUUUACCGGGAGGCGGUGGUGAGGAAUGGGGAAGAAACGGUUGCCGCGAUUCAGGCCAUGAAGGAGGAUGAUGAUUACGAUCUGUGGAUAGUUGGAAGGAAGCAGGGGAUUAAUCCAGUGCUUUUGCAAGGGUUGACGAAUUGGAGUCAGAACCAUGAGUUAGGGGUUAUAGGAGAUUAUGUGGCCAAUACAAAUUUAGGUGGCACAGCUUCUAUAUUAGUAGUGCAACAGCAGAUUCUAAGAGGCAGGGAGAGUGCUUAUAGUGCCUUAGUUGGGAAGUUUUCUUGGUGUUUGUAAGCAUAGUGUAGUAGUAAAGAUUUAUUACUCUGUAGAUACCACUGUUAGCAAAAUGAAACACAGUAAUUGUUUUAGAGUUUGACCUACUUGAUGUAACAUUUGCUUUCUGUUGAGCAAAGAUUUGUUUCAU